GAAGCCCCGCUGUGGACCCUCAGUAUACAGGGUUGCCAUGGCGUCCGGGGGGAAUAAUGACAAUGAUCCAGAUCAGGAGGUACCAGAAGACAGCAGGGCCGAUGUCAGGUCCAUCCAGUCCUACUAUCUCCGCUGUCCUUCCCCCAGCAGGUCCACAGUGAUUUCAGAAACAGAGAGCAUCUUCCUGGAACCCAUCCACCUCUCUUCUGCAGUGGCUGCCAAAAAGAUUAUCAGAGAGGAGCUGAAGCCACGAGCAGUCAAGGUCAGGCCAGUUCCAGAGAGCAUGCUCGAGUCAGCCAGGCAGCUCAUGUUUGAGGAUCUGUACAUCCGUGUGAAGGACAUGUUGGAUGACACCAGCUCUUAUAACACCCCGUGCCUGCUGGACAUUCAGCGAGCCUUGGUGCAAGACCGACUGGAGGCACCCUUCAACCCUGUUGACGAGGUGUGGCCCAACAUCUUCAUUGCAGAAAAAACAGUAGCACUCAACAAGUCACGUCUGAAACGGAUGGGAAUCACCCACAUCUUGAACGCAGCCCAUGCCACAGGUGUAUAUACGAGCAAAGAUUUCUACAAGCACAUGAAAAUCCGGUACCAUGGAGUCGAAGUGGAUGACUUCCCAUACGUGGACAUCUCCCUGCACUUCCGCAAGGCUGCAGAGUUUCUGGAUGAGGCCCUGCUGACACAUCAAGGAAAGGUGCUGGUGAACUCCGUCAUGGGAAUCAGUCGCUCCGCAGUUCUUGUGGCAGCCUACCUCAUGAUCUUCCAUCACAUGACCAUCAUGGAGGCCCUGCUGGUGCUUCGUAAGAAGCGGCCCAUCUGCCCUAAUGAGGGUUUCCUGAAGCAGCUGCGUCAGCUGAACGAGGCCCUGCUGCAGGAGAGAGAUGGGGAUGAACGCAGUGACAAUCUCAGCCAGGGCUCUGCUAUCGAGGCACACACUCAUCAGGAAGAGGAGCAGAGUGUCCUGGGUACUGAAGUGCAUUCCAUUGCCGUGGAGGAGGAGAAUUAUGGCAAGAGUGAGAUGAGCAGUGUGGCACCCAUUACCCAGAGGUGUGCCCUUACGGAACAAAACCAGCAAAGGGAAGAUGAGGCACCCAAUCUGCCCAAUGAACAGAAGGUGGAUGUCGUCAAUGAGUGCAUGGUCCGUGAGUGGCAGCAGAAGAAUGAAAGGUACCAGGGUGAAGACUGGUGUCAGGCAAAGCUGCCAAGAGAAGAUAAGGACACCCUCCUGGCUGGAAGUGACCACCUUCCAGGGAACUUGGAGAGUGUCCGCAGUGUAGACGUUCAGACCCUGAAGGAAAAGCUGUGGGCCAGAGGGACGUGGCGCUACCCACAGGAAGACUCCACAUCCACUAUGGGAAGCAGCUAUGCUGACAUGGGGAAACAGCGACUUGUAGAGACUGAAAAGGAGCCAGCGAACCAAUACAGGAGCAGACACCAGGAUGAGGGCAACAUGACUAGGGCCAUGUAUCAACAAGUAGAUGAUGGGAGUCUCUCAGAGACUCGCCCCCUCUACAGGUCCUGUUUGAAGAAUAAGGACACAUUGACACCUCUUGAGUGGAGGCAUGUGAGGCGGAUCCAGUUUGGGUGGAAUGAGGACACUGACAUCAUGAAGACACACAUUACUGACUGGGACACCAAAGUACCUGGGCUGGAAGAUGUUGACCUCACAGCAUACCAGGCUUGGAAACUGAAACAGCAAAAGAAGAUGGGAGCUCAGAAUAAGGAUGAGAUUGUAGAUCUCAGCAGAGAUCGGGACUCUGCGUCAGCUAAGAGGAAGGAGCACCAUGAGAAUAUCUUGGAGCACUCCCACCGAAGCCUGGAGGAAGGUCAGUCCACAUCCGGCUGGGACACAGAGAGCUUGCUGAGCAUUGGUAGUGUCCCAGUCUCCACAGCCUGGUCCAAAGUAUCCAACAGGAGUGCAAGUGACAAUGCCACCUCCUUGCUAAGCAUGCAAAGCAGUUGUUCCUCUUUAUCGCAGAUCCACAGUGAACUGGGCCAAUCGGAUCCUCCCAUGAUCCCAUCCCAAACUGCACCACAGGUCCUCAUAGAGCCUACAGCCCUUUUGCCUGACACUCAGAAGCCUGAGGUAGUAAACUUAACCAGCAUUCAGAAUUUGAUCUCCAAUGUCGUAACAGAAAACCUUUUCCAAAAGCAAGAUGAGGCGAUGAAGAUGGAGGAAAAUGUGCCUCCAAACAUGCUAUCAUGUGGGGAGAACACAGUGGAUGAGGGUAAGACAUCAAUACAGAGCGAAGCCUCAUACUUAAGCUCUCUAUCCCAGAGCAGGCCUGAGUCUGUGCUUUCUGCCCAUGCGACGUCUAGCUUCUCAAGCAAGGGUGCCUACAAAGGGAAGAUCACGGACACUAGCGUACCCCUCUGCAGUCUCUUCCAGGACCAAGUGGACAAGUUGGACGCUGUGGAUAAGGAGAUUAAGUUUGAGAUGAGGGGCAAGAUAACUACCUAUGAAAUGCAGAAGACUGCCACAGACAACAAACGCAGCACCUUGUUCAACAAGAAGCCAAAAGAGGAGAGCAAUGAGGAUGAUGAGGACCACAGUGUUGAAAUGUCAAGUAAACACAACCCAACUCAAACCCCAACUCAUUCCACUCACCCUGAGUGCCGUAAUGCUAAGGGUACUAAGCCUCAAAACUCCAGUUACUUUCCAUUUGAAGAGCAGGUCACAGAGGGCACAUUUGCUAGGGAACAAGAGGAACAUGAAAGGAUAUCAAGAUUUUACCCCAGAGCUGUGAGUGAGCGGUCAGCAUCCAAUCAAUUCCAAGCCGGUGGCACAAAUGUUGAAUCCCAUCAAGAUCCUUGUUCAGAACUUCCACACCACUCCAAGUUGCCCCCGGUAGAAGACUUCUUGUCCAAUAGUCUGGCAGAAUCCAAAAGCAGGAGAAUGUGGAGAUCUUACACUACUGAUGUAGAGGAGAAGGAGGAGGAGGAGCUUCAGGACUACACAGUAAAAAGGAAGGUCAGACACUAGUCUGGGUAUAAAGACACAGAGGUAAACCAAGGAGGACAAGUAAAGAAGGAAAAGGAGGAAGAUGGGCCCUCCUACAUGAGCCAGCAUCGGAUAAGCUCUUCAACAAAGGCAGAAGAGGAUCAGUGGUGAUACUGAGAAGAUGAGAUUUCAUACAACCGCUGACAGCUCCUUGGAUGCAAAUAUUUCUUUCAACUUCUGAAAAUAGAAAACUUCAUAAGUUUGUUUGUUUGGUUAUGUUAACUUAAAUGAAAACUUGAGGAGCUAUGUGCUUUCUCAUGUGCAGUCCUUAGUUUUGUUGAGGACACAAAGAACAGCAGUAUGACUAGCCAUCAUUUUCACUCACUAUAUAGUAUUUGGACGGUAGUGAUUUCAAAUGAAGGAAUGGGUGUAUGUUCACACAAUUACAUAUAAUGUAGAAGAAAAUAACAUGUGACACAUACAGAUGCCAUUUUCUGGACAAUAUUUCAUAAACUAUCACACAUGAUAUGUCAUGAAAUUUAAAUCACAACCUCACAUCUAUUGUUGCCUCAUUCCAUUAAUGGACAAUGCCACAAAUAUAAUACAUUUCACCAUUUCACAAUUGCGUUAUCGGUGUAUGUCAAUCAGGUAUAA